AAAGCCCCAAAGCGAGAGCACGAGAGCAGGCAGGAGGGGGAUUUCCAGCUCGAGCCCCCACUUCCCGAAGCAGCCGUUGUUUUGCUUUCGGUCUGAAUACAGAAACAGAGAAAAACGACGGCCAUUCUUUCCAUUUUUCUACUUUAAACCACCGAUAAGUGAAGUUGUAUAAUUGGAGCUGCGCGUGUUGUUGUGACAGCAGGACUGCGAGGCUGCAGGCCGUCCAGACUGAACAGGAGACGAUGCCCGCAGAGAGAAUGAGGAUGCGGCCGUGGCUGGAGGAACAGAUCGACUCCUGCCAGAUACCGGGACUCGCAUGGGUCAACAAAGAAAAGCGGAUAUUCCAGAUCCCGUGGAUGCAUGCAGCGCGUCACGGCUGGGACCUGGAGAAAGACGCUCCGCUCUUCAUGAGAUGGGCCAUACACACCGGUAAAUAUCAGAUCGGCAUAGACCGCCCUGACCCGAAGACGUGGAAGGCGAACUUCCGCUGCGCCAUGAACAGUCUGCCGGACAUCGAGGAGGUGAAGGACAAAAGCAUCAAGAAGGGAACCAACGCAUUCAGAGUGUACAAGAUGCUCUCCUUCUCCGAGAGGAUGAUGAAGAAAGUGGAAAAGAAGAAGACCGACAAGGAGGGGAAGCCAAAAAGGAGUAAAGAGCAGACAGGUUCUCCGUCUCCAUCGAGGUCUGAUCCUGAUUAUCACAGCGGCCCUAUCGACUACACCAAACAGGAUGUGAUCAAGCAGGAAGCACUAGAGUUCACAGUGACGGACAGCGUCUCAGCACUACAGUGGUUUCAGCCUUUCCUAACAUGCUCAGUGACAGGAGACCAUGUGAUCACCAGCGAGCAGCUACCGGUCGUCUGUCAGACCAUCGAGGUGACCACUGAGCACGAGGAGCAGACCGUAAGCUCCUCCCACUCGUACCCGCUGCAAAUCUCUCCUGUAUCCUCAUGCUGCGGCAGCGAGACGGACAGUGACACAGAGGGGCUCAGUGUAGUCUGGAGGCAGGACUACAACACAUCAGUUCUCAGGGUUCCCUCAUGUUCUCUCCCCGGCAUGGCCACCUUCGUCACCGCGACCAAGCCCAACUUCAGGGUCACCAGCACGCGAGACCCCACCCCCCUCAUCAGCUACCACACCGGGGAAGUGGACGACUGGACGGCAGCGUACGGCCAGAACUCUGAGUCGGCAGCGACCGGCCUCACACACGAGAUGCGCGCCAGUGUCAUAAUGAAAACCUCGGACGUGAACAGCUCCUGACCUCUGACCCCAGAUGAGGGAGCAUCAUCACAGCUUCCAGGGCAUAGGAAUGACACCGAGUAGGAAAAGCAGCGCCGAGCCAAAACGGGACGAGGUUCAAAACCUUUGAUUCUUUUGUAGCUUCUCUGGGCGAUGAAUUCUCAUUUUAAGAGGAGGAACUGCUGACUGGUGCUAACAAAGUACCCACAAAAUUACCAUUUGUAUAAUAAUUACUCACAGUGGUAAUUAAAUUAGAAUUAACAACACCAAAACUACACUGGUUUACACUCUCACACAUCUGGUGCGGAUUAAUUCAUCUCUCAUUUAUCCCGUUGAAUGCUCACUACAAAAACCUCCAUUCUCUGUAAAACCUUCUUGUUUUACACUUGCACAGAAAGUCUCACACUUUCGCGCUUCGUGAGCCCAAAGUGUCCUUAGUCCACAUAAUGUCAAAUGGAAGAAAUUAGUAACUAUUAGUAAUUAUCCAAUGAAAGAAAAUGAACUUAAAGUUGUGAGAAAGCCAUAAUGUUUUUAAUUGCACAACCUAGUAGAUGAGUACGUUUUUAUCAGUGUUUCCUUACUUAAGGUUUAAAACCUUCACCUCAUAUUCAUCUACUCUGCUAUGAUUUUUAGCCGUACACAUUUUCAACUCAAACUGAUGCGUCUCAAUUGGGACACUUCCCUUGAUGCACUGCCAUGUCCUACACUAUGAACACUUAAGCAGUGUGUGAAUUUAGACCAGAGUUGUCUCACAAAUCACACACCGCUGCGCUAGCAUACAUACAUACAAAUUAGCGGCAGCUUAUUUUCCAAACUAAUAUAUUCGUAUGUUUAUUAAAGCCUUUAAAAAAAACGGUCACUUUUUAUUGUUAGUGCUGUGUUUACCGCGGCAACAACAAUCGCUGCUGGUUUGCGUAGCUUCCGAUACGUUGCCGAGAUGGCGAUCGUUGAGUGUGACCCCUAGAUUCCACCGGGACCGUCUGCGUCGCGUUGCGGUUUUGGUCCGGCCUCCUCCGGCGUCAUACCCUACCAGGCGCGUUUCAGAAGCAUUUCAGAAGCGAAGCGUCUUGCCUGCCGACUCGCAGUUUUUGUU